AUGGAUAAAUAUACAUUUCCUUUCUUGCAUCGUGCACAGAGAGCAGAAGACGACGCACACGCGAUUUACACGGUACAUCUCAGUAUAUACGAGAAAUGAUCAGGGAGGAACGAUCAGGGCCAUGAUACCCCCGGACAUGUACGGCGAAAGAUCGGCAUUCAUCUCUGCACACAUCUCCUUCCGAUACCACAUACAUAAUUCCCUUGCACGAACGAUCUCGCAUGUUCACAGUCCCGGCGCUGGAGGGCGACUCCCCAUGUUGCACAUAAACGGCCUCGGCUUCUUUUAUUUUCUCGGUUGGCAUAGCAUCUGCAAUUUUCUAUGUUUGGGUGGAUUUCUGAUUACAAUUCGCAAAAACAAAAACAUGUGGAGGAUGCAACAAUUCGCUUUUGCUAUCGAUGGCCCGGGUUCGCAUUUUGAAAGAUUAUUGUUCACUUGUAUAUAAUAACCGCUGUAAUCCUAUUGAGAGUCCAGCUCGCUUGUUAGCCAGGACAUCCAUGCCC